AUGACCAUUACUUAUUCAAUUGUUAAUUUUUUAAACCAAAAGGCUAGUGGAUCUAAUGGCGAAAUUUCAUCAAACAUUGUUAGAUUAUCAAACUUUGGUAAAAUUUCUGUUGCUGGUGGACAUUGGAAUAAUGGAGGCCACUAG